GUUUCCCCACUACUAUUUACCAUCCAUAUCACUAAACUAACCUAUUUUUAUUUUAUUUUAUGCAUAGUAGCAAUAUUCCACCAAUUCACACAUGCAAUCCCAUCAUUGAUAAUUCAACUUUGGUUUUGUCAACCCCUUACUACUAAAGCAUCCCUCCCAUAAUCCCAAUAUAAAUACCCCCCACAAAAUUCGGUGAGGCAAAAAAAAAAAAAAAAAAGAAGAACACGUACCUUAAUUUCGCCAAAUCAACCAAAGACAAAAAAAGAAUCCAAAGGAACAGAAGAGAAAGCUUGAAGCUAUGGGGAACACCAUGGGAAGGAGUAAAAAGGCCAAGGUGAUGAAGGUGGAUGGAGAGACGUUGAAACUGAAAACACCAGCGAGAGCAAACGACGUCGUAAAGGACUACCCGGGCCACGUGCUUCUGGACUCCGAAGCGGUGAAACAUUUCGGGCUUCGGGCCAAACCUCUUGAGCCGUACCAGGAACUGAAGCCCACAAAGAUUUACUUUCUCGUUGAGUUACCCAAGAUUCAGCCCGAAGAGGAAAAAACGGCGCUACCGAGGAGGGUGCGAUCCAGUGGGAUACGCGGCAUGAACGCCUCCGAUAGGCUCCAGCUUCUCAUGCUCUCCAAACGCUCCGUUUCGGACCUCCCGCUCUCCAGGCAGAGCCCCAAUCUGGGCUCUGAUGGGCCCAUCAGGGUUAAGAUGAGGCUCCCCAAGGCCCAUCUGGAUAAGUUGAUGGAGGAGAGCACCGACGGCUCCCAGGUGGCCCAGAAAAUCAUAAGUUUGUAUAUGGGAACCAAUGCCGGCGAGGGUGCUGCCGGAGUUUCUGCGCCGGAGGACGGUGGCCGGAAGACUGUGCACAAUCACAAACCACGUGAGAAACGGGUGAGUUUUAGCCCAAUGGAAAAUGAAGAAAUUCAUGUAGUAGGAGCUUCUCAAUAAGGUUACUUUCUUCCUUGUAAUUAGUAUUUAAGUAGAAGCAAAGUCGUGACCAAGGCAAAAAUGCAGAAGCAAGAAGCUAGCCGGAGCAAUAACACUCUCAUAGGUUCGUUUUGGUGCGUCUGAAGCAUGUUAAUUUUGUUCUGUAAUUAAUGUGUAACCUACUUCACUAUGAGAGCAGAUAUAGAUAUGUAUAUACAUGCAUUUAUUUGUAGUGAUAUGGUUAGAAGAUUAUUGCUUCGAAUUUGAUCCU